AAAACUGGCUACUCUGUCCACACCACUACCAUACAUAAGUUUUGUUUGGCUGAAGGAAUCCAUUAAACAUGAGUGGUGUUCUUCCUGAUAAGUACAGAGUUUUCCUUCAUUUGGAGUCUCCUACUGUUCACUGGAGGCAUGGCAAGCCCCCAACUUAUGAAAGUGUUAAUCAGCUCUUUGAAGAUGGCAGAACCAAGGAGUGGCCCAAAGGAUCUCUGGAAGAAACAGUGCAAAAUGCUAUAAAAUCAUGGGAAAUGGAGCUCUCCCACAAGACUAGAUUACAGGAUUUCAAGACCAUAAACCCUGAGAAGUUCAAGCUUUUUGUAAAUGGAAGAGAGGGGCUGUCAGGAGAAGAAACGCUGAGGCUUGGGAGCUACAAUGCAUUGAUGAAGAGUUCUCUACCAGAGGAGUUUCAGUAUUACAAAGCAGAGACAGAGACAUUUGAAUCAUCUCAUGAAGCAUUUAGGUCCUGUUUUCCAAGAGGUUUUGCAUGGGAAGUUAUAGAGGUUUAUUCAGGUCCUCCUUUGAUUGCCUUCAAGUUCAGGCAUUGGGGUUUCUUUGAAGGACCUUACAAAGGCCAUUCCCCUACUGGUGAAUUGGUUCAAUUCUAUGGCUUGGGAACUCUCAAGGUUGAUGAAUCACUGAGGGUUGAAGAAGCUGAGAUCUACUAUGAUCCAGGAGAGCUAUUUGGAGGUCUUUUAAAGGGAAAAACUACCUCACAAUCCAAAACCCAAGACAAUGAGAAAGAUUUGUCUGCUUCAGUUGGCUGCCCAUUCUCCAAACGCAAGGAGUAGUCUAAAGAAAGUUGGUCUGAAAUAUGUUCUGUAACCUUCAAUAAUUUCUAUCUAUUCAAGAACUUCUCUAUCUUUGUCACUCUAGGCUUCUAAGUUUUCCACAAUAAAAAGCACAACCACAUAUGCCUCAUACAUCAGAGCAGCAUAAUGUAAUUGCUCAUCUGUUCUACUUCUAAUGAUACAUUUUUCAGGAUAGGCUUCCUAAUUCAA